AUAUUUGAUUGCAUUUAUAGGCUCUGAUCGAAAGGAAUAUCUCAAAGAAUGAAUUAAUAUGGAAAGAGAUCCAAACAUUUCGUAUUCAAUACUUGAAACUAAAUGAUACCAAAAUCCAAAACAACGGCAAUAAGGAUGAGCUGAAAGAAGAGGUGCAGAUCUUGCAGAUGGCUCUCAAUAAACUGGAAGCCGACAAAAUCAGUUUAAUGACGAUUGAGAAAGAAUUGAAAGAAAAAUGUGAGGAUUUGGAGCAAGAAGUGGAUCACUUGAAGACCAAAUUCAAUGUGUUAAUACCUGUUGAUAAGAAAGUAUCGCAACGAACGGGCAGUGAUAACGGAACGGGAGAUUCGGGUCAAUGGAGUGAUUGUGACAUUGAAACCAAUAAAUUAAAUCCCAAACAAAAAGCUGUUGCAAAGGAUUGGAAUAAAAAUAGUUAUAAUUGCGAUCAGAAUAUGAGGAAUGAGGAGGAAUUCAUUUAUGUGCCGGCAAUACAUCCGCCCAAAGAUUUCGCUCAUUAUGUCAAACAAGAGGAAACCCGUUGGAAACAAAGACAGAGGAAUACCAGUCGUGAUGUGACAGAGGAGAUGGUGUCCAACAUUAAGCCACAUGUUGUGGACGUUUUACCGAAAUACAGAUUUGACAAAACAAAUGACAAAUACUCGGAAUCAUCGAUUGGAACCGAUAGAGAAAAUUCGGAACUCAUUCUUAACUGGAAUUACUCUAAAAUGGAUGAUCAAACUGGUGGUCAAGAGAGUGAUAAGUAUGAGACACACAGAGCUCUGUCGCGAUCUAUGAAUCACAUCCAUUACAUGAGUAACAGUCAUAAUGAGGACAGAAAUGAUAUGCGAUCCUCAAAUUCACAGCAUUUAUCACAUUUGAAUGGAAACAACAACUUCUCUCUCACCACUCAUUUCAAACCCAUUAACAGCUCAUUAAAACAGGAUUUAAGUCAAAGUAAUGGUUCGCUUGCAUCGGAUCUACAUAAAAAGAAAAACAUAAAGUCUUCACUUCAGUCCUACUUCUUUGCCGGACACGGAAAUUGUGGUCUCUAUUCGGGUUCUCGACAUAAGAUCAUUAAUGAAACGCUUCCCCGCAAUGUGUGCGACGACCACAAGAGUUCAAACCAUUCUAGUGGUGCUGUCAGUGCUUUAGUCCACAAAGAGAUUACUGAAGCCCAGAGAGAUAUAGGCGCUUGGCUUUGA